AUGGUCCCACGCAAGGUCUACGAGCUAUGUCACCAGCCAGAGACCGUCACCUCGGAGUUAGCGCGCGACCCGUCGCAAUGUCCGACAAAGCUCUUCCACAAACUCUUCGAAGGUCACCAUCUAUCACCUCUACCCAAACAUGGGUCAGAUUCGAGCUCAGAAUCAGCAUCGGAAUAUGAAAAGCUAGACGACUUACAAAAAGCUCGCGCAUGUGGAAAUUUUGGAUCUGCCGAACCGAGCAAUCUCUUCUUACAGAUCUACCAUGAUGCCUUAUGUUCCUUAGAAAAGAACCCCACGUCGGGGGUUGUCUCUCCCCAACUGAUGGGAAGUACCGGCGUUGUACCACUAACCAUUGUCGCUCCAUUACCCGAUCUCUGCCGCCAUUUAGCGAAUUGCAUUGCACGCGCCCAACAUGAAGUCUUCUUGGGGACCAAUUUUUGGGUUUACUCGAAUGCGUCGACUUUAGUGACGAAUGCUAUGCGGGAACUUUCUAAGCGGGCAGGUGAACGAGGUCGGAAGGUCGUUAUGAAGAUGGUAUAUGAUCGUGGUGAUCCUCGUCAGGCAUGGGAAAACCGGCUCAGCGUCCAUGAGGACCAGUACACCGGCGGGAAAGUGAAACUUCCCCCAGCGAGCGAGAUCCCCAAUGUUGAUCUCCAGGUUAUCAACUUCCAUCGGCCGAUCUUUGGGACAUUCCAUGCGAAGUUUACUGUCAUCGAUCGACGCAUGGCACUGCUGCAGAGCAGUAACAUCCAGGACAACGACAAUGUCGAGAUGUUGGCUCAUAUCGAGGGUCCCAUCGUGGAUAGUUUUUAUGAUGCUGCUUUGCUUUCUUGGGGAAAGGUUCUGGAACCUGCACUCCCCCUUUUGAAUUCUCCUGCUGCGGAUGCUCCUAUCCCAAGCUAUGAGGAGAAGCGUAAUGGUGCUUCUGCUGAGAGUGGUGCUCAGGUUCUUCCUCAGCAUACUGUCAAGUCCGAGCAUUAUGAUCUUGAUCUCGAACAUGAGGCCGAAAGAGUUAAUGAUAGCGUUAUCCCGCGAGGAGAAGAGAAGCCCACGCAGACCGUUAGCCGUCAUCUCAGUACAACAAUACAACCUGACACGAUAGGCGACGCACCAGACACCGACCAAGACCCCAUCUUUACACCAUACAGAGUCCUCCCCCACCACGAACCCGUACCAAUGGCCCUCGUAAACAGAGAGCCAUUCGGAUCCCCAAACCACAGCAACUCCCAGACCCCCCAAAACUCAGCCUGGAUCUCAGCAAUGAACCACGCAACCCACUCAAUCCUAAUCCAAACCCCAAACAUGAACGCUGAACCCCUCCUUGAACCCCUCCUGAACGCAGUCCGCCGCGGCGUUAUUGUCUCCUGCUAUCUCUGUCUAGGCUACAACGACGCAGGCGAGCUCCUCCCUUUCCAGAAUGGGACGAACGAGAUGAUCGCGAAUAGACUUUACAACGCCCUCCAGUCUGAUGAGGAGAAGGCGAGACUGAGAGUUUUCUAUUACGUUGCCAAGGAUCAGACGAUGCCUAUUCAUAACAGUUUUAAGAAGAGGAGUUGCCAUAUUAAGUUGAUGGUUGUUGAUGAGCAGAUUGCUAUUCAGGGCAACGGAAACCUCGAUACACAGUCCUUUUUCCACAGCCAGGAAAUCAACGUUCUUAUCGAUUCAUCGGUGGUUUGUCGUAUUUGGCUGGAACUUAUUGGUCGCAAUCAGAAUACUGCUAAGUAUGGUGCUGCUAGUGCUAAGGAUGGAUGCUGGCAUCAUCCUGAGACUGGUGACAUUCCGCCUGGUUCUAUUGGGACUGAUCCUGGGAGGUUUAGUUGGGCGAAGGGGUUUGUUGGUGCUGUACAGCGUGUGAGAGGUAUCGGUGGGUUUUGA